CCACCACCACCAUCGACAAUGUCACCGCCAGCGCAAAAGCUCACGCUAUACACCUACUUCCGCUCGUCUGCCAGCGCACGAGUCCGCACAGUAAUGGCGCUGCACGGCAUCCCGCGCGAAGACAUCUACAUCCACCUGCUCAAAGGCGACCAGUCCUCCGACUCAUACAAGGAAGUCAACCCCUCCGGGACCGUCCCGACGCUGGUCAUCCACCGCGAGCAGGGCGAGCUGGUCCUGUCGCAGUGUAUCGCGAUCAUGGAGUACUUGGACGAGGUGUACGGCCCGGCGUCAGCCACAGGCCGCCUGUUACCCGCCGAUGCUGAAGCGCGGGCCACCGUGCGCUCCAUCGUCGACCUCGUCGUGGGCGACCUGUUCCCCAUGCUCACGAUGGGCAUCCUCAACCGCGUGAAAUCGCAUGGCGUUGACGGACCGACGUGGGCCAAGGAGUGCUGUGCGUCUAUCCUCCCUGCGCUCGAGGGGCUGUUGGCCCGCACGAGUGCGACGGGGCGGUACGCGUACGGCGAUGCUGUUACCAUGGCCGACGCGGCGCUCGUGCCGCAGAUCUACACCGUGCUGAGGUUCUACCCCGACAUCUCCGCCUUCCCCACCGUCAAGUCCGUGUUCGACCACUGCGCGGCCCUCCCCGCGUUCGUGGCGGCCGACUGGCGCCACCAGCCCGACACGCCCGAGGAGUUUAGGGCAAAGUAGAGAGAGCGAGGG